UUUAAAAAUCAAUAAAAAGGCCCAUGGGCCAUUGGGCUUUGUCAACGCUAAAGGUCGUCUCUGAACGGCAAAAAUAAAUAAAUAUCUUUCUCGAUCAUUUUGAAAUUCAAAACUCAGUUUGAGUUCUCUCUCCCCCUCUCAAUUAUCGCUUGAUCGUUGGCGAGUACUUGAAGAACAGCCUCGUCUUCGUCUCUACGAGUUGGAUCCUACCGAUGAAGAUGAAUAUCAACAAAGCCUGCGAUCUGAAAUCAAUAUCGGUGUUUCCUCCUAAUCUAAGCAGGGGAUCGAGUAUUGGACCGUCUGAACCACAGGCAUCGCGAUCACAGCAGUCGCAGCAGCUUCGAUCACAGCAGUCACAGCAGCUUCGAUCACAGCAGUCACAGCAGUCGUUCUCGCAGGGACCUUCGUCUUACUCUCAGCGUGGUUGUUUUUCUCAGAGGACUCAGGGUUCAGUCGAUGAACUCGUGAUAAGCGAUCAGAGAUUUAGUUCCCAAGAACGAGAUCACUCUUUGAAGAAGGUUAAUUGCUUGCCCCCAAUUAAUCAUAGACGAGAUGAUAGCCAGCUUGUUGCGUAUAGAUCUUCUAGCGGUCUUCAGAGAAGAUGGAGUUCUGACUCAGUCGGAGAGUCUAAACCUCAACUCAGUGAAGAAUUUGAGCAACGGUUUAGGGUGAUGGAAACUUCACUGAGCAAGUUUGGGAUGAUGUUGGAUUCAAUUCAGAGUGACAUCAUGCAAGCCAACAGAGGAACUAAAGAAGCAUUACUUAUAACUGAACGCAUACAGCAAAAGUUGAUUCUCCAAGACACUUCACUUCAGCAGCUGAUAAAGGAACAAGCAAAUUUUAAAGCUAGUCUUGAUGGAGGUGUUAAAUCGAUAUUGGAGGAACUAAGCAAAGAUUUCAGUGAAGAGAAGCUACAAAGCAUAAUCCUGAUGCUAAAGGCUAUCCCAGAACAAGUAGAAUCGGCUCUGCAGAAAAUGCAAAGGGAUAUCUACCAGACGUUCACCAGAGAGUCUCAGGCUUUGUCUAGCUUGGAGAUGGCUGAGGUUAUAGUUCAGGCUCCAGCAGCACCACGAGUGAAGGCUAAGGAAAACCUGCCUGAACAUCGGGGUCCAUCAGCGAAGGUUUUGACUAUCAUGAAGAAGCCUGAGCCAAUAGAUCGUCUUCCAAGAGCACCACAACUGAAGCAGUCAAAGGAAAACUUUCCUGAGCAGCGUGGAGCAGAAGCCAAGAGAAAUGCCAUUUCUAAUUCUACACUGAAAAGGAAACAACCACAGCUUGCAUCAUCUAGAACCGUAAAGGCAUCUUUAUCCCCAAAGAUACAAGUUGGAGGCUGGAAGACAGUGAAACCAGAACAAAACACAUUCAAGAAGAGCGCAGCAAGAAAGCAAGUAAAACCAGAAGACACUCGUACACAGUUUGAACAAGGUAGCAUUGUUAUAGACUCAGAUGAAGAUAUAGAUGGAGGCUUUUCAUGUAUGCUCAACGGGGACGCCAAAGGAGCUAAGUUCGAUUGGGACGCAGAGAAAGAAGCAAAAAGGCUUCUGAGAAUGGCGAGGAGAACAAAGAGGAAGUUCGGUAACCCCAUCAUAAUUAACUGAAAUCAAACGCAAGUAAGAGAAGCAAAGACCCCACGAUCCAUUAUUCUACAUUUCGCAUAUGAUUUCUCAGUGAAUUUUCUUAAUAACAAUAUCUUUAUUUUCAUUAUGCUAUUGUUUUACACUACAAUAUACAUAGUGGGUCAUAUAUAUAUUUCUUAAAAUUUACUUGAGAAAAGUUAUGACAAUUGGAUGAUUUGUAUCUAAUCCUCCUGAUUUAAAUCAUACUUAUUAUUGCCUCUUA